AGUGUUUUCGUGGUAGAAGCGAAAGUCAUUCGGAAGAUACAGAGAUUCCUGACCAAACCAGAACGACAGGGUAGAUCGAGAAGAGAACUAGAAGAUGAGGAUUACUGUAAUGACCGCCGAUGAACAGAUCCUCACGUUGGAUGUUGAUCCCCACGAAACUGUUGAAAAUGUUAAGGCGCUGCUCGAGGUUGAGACAAAUGUUCGGCUUCAGCAGCAACAACUUCUGUUUAAUGGAAAGGAAGUUCAGAAUUCCGAGAAAUUGAGUGCCUUGGGUGUUAAGGAGGAUGAUUUAUUGAUGAUGAUUUCCAAUGCCUCAUCUGGAGCUGCUGGAAAUGACUUGGGCUUGAAUCCCGAUGGAUCAGCUAUUAACCCUGCAGCUUUCCGGCAACAUCUUCAACGUGAUUCUAAUCUUAUGGCACAGCUAUUUCAGACAGAUCCUGAGCUUGCACAAGCUAUUUCUGGAAACAAUUUGAACAAGUUGCAAGAUAUUUUGCGCUCAAGGCACCGCCAUAGAUCUGAAUUACAACGUCAGAAGGAGGAGGAGCUUGCCCUUCUUUAUGCGGAUCCUUUUGAUGUUGAAGCACAGAAGAAAAUUGAAGCUGCCAUUCGGCAGAAAGGUAUUGAUGAGAACUGGGAAGCUGCACUUGAGUAUAAUCCAGAAGGUUUUGCUCGGGUGGUAAUGCUAUACGUGGACAUGGAGGUCAAUGGUGUACCUUUAAAGGCUUUCGUUGAUAGUGGUGCACAAUCAACAAUCAUAUCAAAGAGUUGUGCUGAGAGAUGCGGAUUGCUGAGACUCAUGGAUCAACGCUAUAAAGGUAUUGCUCAUGGUGUUGGGCAAUCAGAGAUACUGGGCCGCAUUCAUGUCGCCCCGAUUAAGAUUGGGAAUAAUUUUUACCCGUGCUCAUUUGUGGUACUGGACUCGCCAAACAUGGAAUUCCUCUUUGGCCUGGAUAUGCUUCGUAAGCAUCAGUGCAUCAUUGAUUUGAAGGAGAAUGUCUUAAAAGUUGGAGGAGGGGAAGUUUCCGUUCCCUUUUUGCAAGAGAAAGACAUCCCUUCUCGAUUUUUGGAUGAAGAACGUCUUUUGAAUCAAGCAUCCAGCUCAGGAGCAGCGGUGUCAUCGGGGUUAACCGAGAAGAAAAAGACUGAUAUGACCCCAGCAGCAAGUCUACCUUCAGGAGCCACAAGACAAGACCCAUCACAGCCACAGGGACCUGAAUUUGAAGCCAAGGUAGCAAAGCUUGUGGAGCUAGGCUUCCCCCGAGACGCAGUGAUACAGUCUCUCAAACUAUUUGACGGCAACGAAGAACAGGCCGCCGGCUUUCUUUUCGGCGGCUGAAGGUAUUUUUUACUACCCAAAAAAAAAAAAACAGAACUCCCUAAAACAUAAACAAAUGAUUCUCGAUCCGAACCUUGGGUUUUUUUUUUUUUGUACUUAUAGCCUCUUAGACAAUGGGAAGGUUGUAAUCACAUUCAUCUCUCCAUUUCAUAUUUAUGUUGUCUUUUAGGACGAUACCAAUUCUUAAGCUGCGGAAAUAUUUUCAUGUUU